CUUUCCUCAUCCUCCUGCCUCUCGCCUUUGCCUUUGCCUUUGCCUCUGCCUCUGCUGCUUCUCUCUCACUCUACUCUGAAACUUGCCUAUUUUCCUCAUAUCUCUUUACUGCUCUUUCUCUCUAAGCUUUUUCUAUAUCUUUUGCCUCAUUCCUGCUGUUUCUCUCUAAGCUUUUUCCAUAUCUUUUGACUUCUGUAUUUUGAUAAUCUUGUGUUUCUUUGAAAUUUCCUAUGUUUUAGUUCUGUGUAGUUUCCGCCCUCUCUGUCUUCACUCACCAUUUUCAUUGUUUUCGUUCUUUCUCGUUUUUCUUGUGUCCUUCUAGUUUCUCUCCCUCUAACUCUGGAACUACCCAUCUUUGUAGUUUUUCUAAUUGGGUCGGUCAUCAUAUUUGGCAAUGGCGGUGAGGAAAGGGACCAAGCUUCCACAAACUGCCGGCCUCAAACAGAUCCUGAAACGGUGCUCGUCGAGCUUGGGGAGGAAACAGAGGCCUGAUUCUGAUGAAAGUUCGGGAGAAUUUGGUUUUUAUGGCGAUGUUCCAAAGGGACAUUUCCCGGUUUAUGUCGGAGAGAAGCGCAUUCGCUUCGUGGUUCCUAUUUCUUGCUUAAAUGAUCCUCAGUUUCAGUCACUCUUGCAGAGAGCAGAAGAAGAAUUCGGAUUCGAUCAUGAUAUGGGAAUCACCAUUCCUUGUGAGGAAAUGGUUUUUCGUUCUCUGACCUCUUCCAUCCUCAGAUGAGAGAAAAAGCGAAAGAGAGAGACUAAUUGCUCGUGUGAUUUUGGCUGGAGGCCCCCCAUUGUAUGAGGGCAGGUAGUAGCCACUGUACAUUUUUAUUGCAGCUUGAGAUGGUGCGAUGCACUCCUCCUUGAAAAAAUAUUGGAUCAAGGAGUUUUUCCUCAAGAUUUUUGUAAUAUAUUUCCAUUCCUGGAAUUUUCUCUCUCUAACUUUAUGUGAAUGUAUAUAAUUUUGUGAAU